AUGUUGCUGGCGAUGUCAGGAGAUCCGAAAACACAAGAAUCAAAAGAUGCAAUUGUAUGUCACACCAAAUGCCGCAUUCCACAACGUUUAUCAUCCGCACAACAACGAUCUGGAAAAACUAACCCAAAUGAACAAAUGAAAAAUGAAAUACCAAAAGGACUAAAUAAGGAUUUAGCGAGGUUAUAUCUCGAAGUCCAUAACGAAAUCAACGAACCAAAACAAAGUGAUAAAUCUUCCCGACCAGAUUCUGUCACUUCAAAAAGUGAUAAAAUAUUAAAACUCACAAAUAUUUGGCAAGAGAAAAUUACACAAUUCGAAGGAUUGAAAAAUGAAUUAAACGAUAGACAGAUUGCUAUAAUGGAAGUUUAUACAUCGUUACGAAGCACUAAGCAGAAGUUGUCAGCGUUGGGCCAGAGCGCAAGUUUACCUUCUACGGGUGAUUUACAUGAUAUCAUAAAUAAAACUAAUAUGGCUCCCAAUCAGCUGCUUAAGAUGUGGGCUGAGUCAAAAUGUCAAAAAAUUGAAGUUAAAGAAGAUAAUAAGAAUGCUAUAACAAUAGACUUAAAGAGGUUACAUGACAUGCCUGCAAAAACUUGCUGGAAUGAGGCAAUUUCUGUACAGCUACGCAACGAAGGUCUGAUUUAUGAAUUAUCAGAAUUAAAUGCUUUGAAUGCUAAUCUUAAAAAGCAGAUAAGCAACUUUGAGCAUCAAAAAUCAUAUAUAAACAAAGUAAAAUUGGAGGGCUUAGAAGCAGAGCUAAAACAGGAAAAAAUUAAGAGGAUGUGCUUGAAAGAUAGGUUGUCGCGCGCAGAGGGACAAAUUAGGAUCGGUGAAGAACGGGCGACACUUCUGGAAUCCGCUCUAAAUGAAGCUCAAGCGCAGACUCGAACCUUAGAACGAACGAAGCAACAGCUACAAGAAAAGAGUCAACAAUUACAACAAGAGUUCAACAAUAAAUUGGACAAGUUAAAAGAAUGUAUGAAAGAAAAUACGACUCAUUUGGAAGAAAUCGCUCUCGCUAAGGAAACGUUGCAAGAAGAAAAAGAAGAACUACAAAGUAAACUUGAAGAAUUAUCGAAGCAUUAUGAAGAAUCCAUGUCAAAUAUGAAACAGGAAAUAAAUAAAAAUAUCGUUAAUCUGAUUGACGUUGAAAAAAAAUACAACGACGAAAUGGAAAUCAAAAAGCAUUUGCAAACAACAAUUGAAUCUCAGUGUGCCCAUUUAGUUGACUUUGAAUUACGAAAUAAAGAAAUGGCUCAAAAGUUAAAGGAAAAGGAUUCUGCAUUAGAUGAACUUGUCAUUUAUAAAAGAAUAUCUGAACAAACCCAACAGGCAUUAGAUGAAACAAAAAUUGAAAUGGAAAAAUAUAAAGAUCGCUUGUCGGAACAAAUGGACACCGUUCACAAAUUAGAGCAAAAAUUGAAAAAUUCCUAUGAAUUAGAAAACAAAUUAAAUGAAGAAAUUCAUAAAAAAACAGAGUACAUAACAGAACUGGAAAUCAAGCAACAACUUUUGAUUGAACAAUCACAGGAAAAUGAAUCGAAAAUGGAAAUUUACGAAGAACAAUUACUCACAUUAAAAAACCAUAUAACUAAGUUAAAGGAACAUUUUGGAGAAUUUGACAAACUAAACAAUCUUCAUGAAAUGAUAAACCAAGAAAAUGCUACAUUCAACGAAACAAGGCGUCAAAAUAAUGAGCUAAUUCAAGAAAUAGAAAGGAAUAAAGAUAUUUUAAAACAGUUAACUAAUUCUAUAGUUGAACAAGAAGGACUUAUCAAACAGAAAGAAAAUAUAUUGCAAAUACUUUCUGAAAAACAAGAAGAACAAGCAGAUAUUUUACAGUUAAAUGGACAAAUUAUUGAAAAGAACGCCGAAAUCGAAUCUCUUAUGAAUAGUAUUGAAACCAGAAAAGAACAGAUCGAUCAAUUAGAAAAAAUAGUUCUCACUUUAGAAGACCGAAAUCGCAAAGCCUGUAUUCAAAAGCGAAGAGAUCAUGACAAAAUUUGUACACUGGAAAAGAAGAUUUUUGAUUACGAAUAUUGUAUAAAACAAAAAAGCAAAGACGUACCAUCUAACGAUCUCGAUAAUAUUAUUAAAAUACUGGAAGAUGAAUUAGGAAGUCAACUUACAACAACAAUUGAAUCACCUGUAAUCAAUACAGAUCGUAAUUAUUUCAAUCUUAUCAAUAAUAAUGAAAAUGUUAAAGUUGACUAUGGUGAAUAUAAAGACUACGACAAAAACCAAUUAUUCUCACAAAUAGAAAGAAAAGAAAAAACAUCAACAAAAUAUGUGAGGGAAAACUUUCAAAAACAAAACGACAUUUCUAAUAAUAAUGAUAUACAGAAUAUUGAACAUCUUGGAUGGAAACAGGCUAUAACAAAUAUCGACACGCAGAAAGGGAUACCAAGUAUUGAUAGCAAAAGCUCGUGA